CUGGGCUCAACUUGGCGCUCCGAGUUCAGUCCCAGCGCUGCUGUCGGCGAAGCCGUGUGUGUUCCCGGGUCUGCGGGGGCUGCUGUCGCAUUGGUAUCCUGGUCAUGAUGGGGACAAAAGCGAAAGCCUGGAGGAAACAGUUGCCUCUCUUCACAACGGUGGUCUUGUGCUCCCUGGCGGCAGGCAGGGGUGCAGUGUACACUUCCGAACCUGAAGUCAGAGUUGCUGAGAAUAAGCCCGCCAAGCUGUCCUGCUCCUACUCUGGCUUCUCCUCUCCCCGCGUGGAGUGGAAGUUUGCCCAAGGCGACAUCACCAGCCUCGUGUGCUAUAACAACAAGAUCACGGCUUCCUAUGAGGACCGAGUUACCUUCUCGCCCAGUGGCAUCACCUUCCAUUCGGUGACCCGGAAGGACACGGGCAUGUACACUUGUAUGGUCUCUGACGAAGGCGGCAACACCUAUGGGGAGGUCACCGUCCAGCUCAUCGUGCUUGUUCCUCCAUCCAAGCCUGCCGUGAACAUCCCCCCCUCUGCCACCAUCGGGUCCCGGGCUGUGCUGACCUGUUCAGAGAAGGAUGGGUCCCCGCCCUCUGAGUACUACUGGUUCAAGGACGGGGUGCUGAUGCCCACGGAGCCCAAGAGUAACCGUGCCUUCAGCAACUCUUCCUACAGCCUGUACCACAAGACAGGGGAGCUGGUCUUUGAUCCCGUGUCUGCCUCCGAUAGUGGCGAGUACACUUGUCAGGCUCAGAAUGGGUAUGGGACACCCGUGAGGUCAGACGCUGUACGCAUGGAAGCUGCGGAGAUGAAUGUGGGGGGCAUCGUGGCAGCUGUCCUGGUGACGCUCAUUCUCCUUGGAUUGCUGAUUUUUGGCGUCUGGUUUGCCUAUAGCCGGGGCUACUUUGACAGAGCAAAAAAAGGGACCUCAAGUAAGAAGGUGAUUUACAGCCAGCCCGCUGCUCGAAGCGCAGGGGAGUUCAGACAGACCUCGUCGUUCCUGGUGUGAGGCUAGUCCAGCUCGGCUCCCGUCCUCUGCUCGCCGUACUCGGGUGCUACCAGACUCCGGCCCCUGACACCUGUUUCACAGGAUGCCUGUGCAUCUAGCCCCCCACAGGGACCCCCACUUUUAGUUAGGAUGUGUUUUUUAAUAAUGUCAGUUGUGUAUGCCCCUUCCUCCUCCUCCCCUCCCCCUCCCUUUCCUGCCACUGCCGAGUGGCCUGGGACAUGUUUAAAGCUUUCGUUCCCCAUCCCGGGAAGGGGGGUGGGUCAGGCAGGAGCCCCAAAUGACUGUUGACCUCACUGCCCCCCCUGCACCCCCAUGUAUAGUGGCCCUUCAACAGGGUUCUUGAGCCUAGUUCCCGGGCCCCUCCCGUACUGAGGACCAGAACCAGGUGUUCUAACGUGGGGACUGGAGACCAGAGCAACUGAAGUCGUCGUUUGGUGAUGACAUCAAGUGUGUUUUGCAUGUGCUGCCUACUUUCUUCUGUCUCCUGCGGGAAGUUCUGGGGUUCUCCUGCAGUUUUCCUCCUGAGCUCAAGCCGACUGACACCAGCCGGUGUGAAGGAAAAGCAGGAGCUUUGUGUGGAGAAUGAGCCGUCGGGAUGCAGGGAGGGGAGGUUCAAAACCACUGAUGUAAAGGAAACAAAGCCGGAGCUGGUAGUCAAGCCGUCACCCUUUCCUUGGUCGGAACCCCUGGAAGGGCUCUUGCCAGCUGCGCCUGCAGGGCUGUGCGGUGUCUGUAACAGGCUGCUCGUGGCUGAGCUUUGUGUGCGUGCUGUGUGGUCUUAGCUCUGCUGAUAUCGAGUGUGUGUUGGAGAGCUUAGCUGUUUGGUGAGAUUGUGUUUGUGUGUAUGGAUGUUGCUGGAAAUAAAAACUUGGUUUGUCAGAGCUUAUUGUGAGGAGUGGGGGAGAUGAGGUGCCUAGACCCCUUUGUACAAACAGGAAAAUGCCUGACACCCUGCUUGCCAGCAACCUGGGCUGGUCCCCAGCUCCCUGUCCUUCCCUUCCUGGUUCCUGUCCCAGGUAGAGCUUCUGAACAUUAGGCGCUUGUGCCAGAGUCCUCUUGUGGCUGCCUUCCUCUGCCGGAGGAGGCGCCCUGGGCAAAGCAGGUGUGAGCUCUGGGGUGCCACUGGUCUGGGUCCCUGAGCGUGAGGAGAAAGUCCCCCCGCUGCCACCUCUGCCCCCAGAUGCACUAAUAGACUUCUUUAAGGCUGCAGGAAAAACUGCUCCAGAGCCUGAGGCAGGAGGAUUUCCCAAACCAUUUGGAGAACUACUUUGUAGUAGUUUAAAUUAGUAACUACUUUAUUUGGUGGGACAGAUGUCUAAGAAAAAGACCAUCUGAGACCAGUUGGGAGUGAGCAUAGGUGUAAGCCCCAUGGGCCUGCCUGUCCCUGCCUUCCUCUUCUCAUUUGAACACCUGACCCUUAAAUUUAUUUCCCAUCUACCACAGUCCCCCAGGCUAUUAAUUACCAAGAGGGCAAACGAGUGGUUUUGCUUCUUUGGAGGAUGCUGAGCAUUACUUUGCCAUAUUCUAUUCCCUGAUCUAGAAAUCCCUAACAGAAACGAGUUUUCUGUCAAGCAUCCAAAAGGAAAAACAAAAAACAAACUAUAGUUAAGUUUAAAAUUUUCCAGAUGAAAAGUAAACCUAAUUGCAUAAUAAAAGAGAUUAUAAAAUGAUUCAGUAAGAAUAAGAUUUUUAAAGUAUGUCUUGUAUCACGGUUGGGAGGGAUGUGGAGCAAAGGCCACAGGGAAGCAGAAGGGAUCACUGCUCCUGGAAGUCUGAGGUGAAUGGCCCCCCACCCCCUGGGUCACUGGUGAUGAGUGUGAGGCAGUUACUACAGCCUUGGAAUUUAGCACCCCGGCAUAACGGCCCCUUUGAGUUGGGAAACACUUUGUUUGCUUUCAUUUUUAAAUGUCAAAACCACUUUUUGUAAUAAAUGUUUAUUUUUCACAUUGA